GGCUGAGGACAAGAAGAGGGAGGGUUUAACGUUUCUUUUUUAGGAAGAGUUGUGAGACGAGAUGGCGUGGGUGCAGGGGAAGAGGUCAACCAUGUGCGACAACACGAUGGAGUCGUCCACAUUACCUGGUGCAAAUAGUGGGGGGUUGGAGAAGGGAACCUCCCCCACCACCCUGGUGGAAGAUUUCGAAAGCAGCAGGAAGUUCCCUCGGAUAGACACAGGGAAAACAUAUGCGGACGAAGGGUGCAGCUCUUCACGAUCUGGUUCACGGUUUUCCAUGGAGGACUCCACUAGCACUCUCUGUGAUGGUCUCGGGAAUGCGGCGGGGACUCUUGCAAGGGCCAAUGUAGAAAGUGCACAGCAAAUGAUCAGUCAAAUCGGUGCAGUAGCCAGUGUAAUGAAGGAUGGUAACGUUGUGUUGCAACUUCUGGUCGAGGUGAUGGCGAGGCGUGUGGGAGGAGGAGGUGGACGACGGGCGCUCAGGGCGUCCGCGUGUGUGGUAUCGACGACGAUGCACUCAAAAGCUUCAAAGGGAACGGGUAUGGCAUUAGCAGCUCUACUCGUCCGUAACGGUGGAGUGGUGGACGACUCCCCGAAUCACAACAUGCAGCCCAACGGCCUGGAACCCAGGACUGAGGAAGGGUUCGUUCACGGUUGGUAUUGGAAGAAGAAGGCGAGGAUCAUGCCGUGGAUGCCGAUAUGGUGGGUGGGAAGGAACACUAGGGGGAGGUCAAGUGCCUGGUCAGGCAGACAGGAGAAGGUCGCCCUCGAAAUCUUGAGGGAGUGGAGUAGCAAGAGAAGGACAAAGGGUGAGGGUGAGGAUGCGGGAUCAGGAGGAUGGGAGGGUCGGGAUUUGGUGAAGAUGCGAGAUCAGGAGGAUGAGAGGGACGGGAUUUGAGCUAUCAAUAGGUUGAUAGGCGUUCGUGUUCCUUCAGGUGAACUUCGGGAGCAGCGCUCAGUGCAUUCUCUUUUCCCGAGGAAAGUACUAGCAGUGGGCAUGUCGGCUCAAGCAGGAGACGGCAGUAUGGAUCUUAAGAAGAUGACGGUGGCCGAGCUCCGCGCAGAGUUGGAAAGGCGUGGGCUCGAGACCUCUGGACUCAAAAAUGCGCUGGUGCACCGCCUUGAAGCGGCGAUUGGCAGAGACAGAAAAGGGGCACCAUCGGGAUCGGGCACCCCUGCGAAAGUGGUAAAGACAGGAUCAGGAACACCAGGGAAGAGUGCAGCAGAUGUGAAGGCAGCAGCGACGACACCUGCUAAGGCGGGAGGGACGCCAAAGACAGGAGUGUCUACAAAGCCUGCCGAAGCGUCCAAGACGCCAGAGGCAGAGGCUGGGAAAACAGGCGGGGGUGCAAAGCAGGCUGCGGGUGCAAGCGCACAGACAAGCUCCGCAGCGGCUGCCGGUGCACCUGCGGCUGGUGCACUCGCAAAGACAGCUGCUGCUGCGCCCGCACCUGCGAAGGCAGCCACAGCUGCAGCUACAGCUGCAAAGGCAGCGACAGCAGCGGCACCUGGAAAGACAGCUGCAGCUACACCUGCAAAGGCAGUCACAGCUGCAGCUACACCUGCAAAGGCAGUCACAGCUGCAGCGGCACCUGCAAAGACAGCCACAGUUGUACCUGCAAAGGCAGCACCUGCAAAGGCAGCCGCAGGUGCAGCAGCACCUGCAAAGUCAGCCACAGCUGCAGCGGCACCUGCAAAGGCAGCUGCAGGUAUAUCUGCAAAGGCAACCGCAGUUGCAGCAGCGGCACCUGCAAAGACAGCCACAGGUGUACCUGCAAAGGCAACACCUCCAAAGGCAGCCGCAGCUGCAGCAGCACCUGCAAAACCAGCCACAGCUGCAGCAGCACCUGCAAAGACUGCGACAGAUGUAGCGGCAUCUGCAAAGACAGCUCCUGCUACCAGUGCGCCCGCAAAGGCAGCCACACCAGCUAGCGCACCGACAAAGACUCCCACAGCUGCAAGCACACCUGCAAAGCCAGCCACAGCAGUGAAGGCGGUCGCUGCUGCGAGAGCAGCCACAACACCUCCCACGGCUGGGAAUGCAGCAGCAAAGGGACCCACAAAUGCCAGCGCGGCGGGGAAGGUAGCAACAACUGCAAAUGCAGUGGCGAAGGCGGCACCGACUACAGGUGCAGCAGUGAAGGUGGUACCGACUGCAAGUAUCCUGGCAAAGCCAGCGGUGGCUGCCAAGGGACCUGUGGCAGUGAAGCCUCAGGCCGAGUCAAGCGCAUCACUGAAAGCAGGAGAGGAUGCAAGGGCAAGUGCGGCUGGAAAGGCAACUGAGGCAAAGGGCACUGCAACACCAAAGAGUACUGCGGCGGUGAAAUCUGCUGCGCCUGUUAAGGUGGGUGCUCCACUCAGAGCUUCUGAUGAAGGAAAAGCUGCAGAAGCGUCAAUGGAUGCGGCCUCUGAGCAAGCCACAGCAGGAGGAGGCGCAAUGAAGGUAGUUACAGCUGACAAGCCCUUGGAGGUUGCAGGCAAACCAAGUGAUGUUGUGACAGGUAGAGAAUCCUCCGACGGCGACAAGGGCAAGGCUAGCGCAGCAGCGGAAGCAAGUCGGGCCAGAAAAGAGGAGAGUGGAGAGAGCGCCAUGCAGUGUGAGGAAGAUGUUGUCAUGGUGGACAUGGAUGAGGUGGUCGUCCUUGACGUGGAUGAUCAAAUACCCAUAGAAGAGCAUGCUAACAAUGACAGCGAGAUGAAGGCGGCAGAUACGCCAGAUGCUGCGAAGCUUGAUAAUAGCGACACAGCACGCGAAGAGAAACCGGCCCAGCAGGAGAGCUCUGCUGUUAUGCAGUCUCCUUCUGAGGAUGAGAAAAGGAGACUAAGGGCUGAGAGGUUUGGACUUGCACAGGAGGAAGUCGUAGUAAAGGCCAGCGAAAGUAUUGUGAAUGCUAAUAAGAAGGGCAAGGACAAGAGUAGUAGCGAUGGGCCAAGCAAAGAGAAGGCCGGUGAGAAACGAGAAGCAGGAGCUGCGGAGCCGGAUGAGGAAUCGAAAAAGGGUCAGAAAGCGGCGAAGUUCGUGGAUCGAGCGGCAAUGUCGACUGCCAAGUUCAAGGCAUCAGCUGGGGAGAUAGUUGUGGACGAAGUGGAAGCUGCAAAGAGGAAGAUGCGCUUAGAGAGGUUUGGCCCAAUUGACAACCAGAUGUUGGAAGGGCCAUUGUCGAGGAAGAGACUACGAGCAUGAGGAAAUGCGCAGAGGGCAUGAAUCAGUUCGGAGAGCUAUAGAAUGACAUAGUCGGAGUGCAGGACGGCGGGAUCUUUCCUCCAUGACUGUGGACACACAGGGCACAGCUUGCAGGCUGCUGGGCUGGGGGACUGUGGAUUCGCAAAGGUAUCGAUAUGUAUAUUGAGGGGCAAGGAGCACCGGAGCAGUGAAGCAAAUAUGGUUACGUUGGUCGUGUUUUUGGCAUUGUGGAGUGAGGAGAGCUCCUUCAAUCUAACGGAGGAUCGCACAGUGAUACUCGCUUGAAAAGUUGAAGUGGCGAUGUCGACCUUGUGAAUAUUUGCAGUGUAAAAAGUGCCCCUACUUCAUGGACGUAGGCAAAGCGACAGUUGUCCCGGUUUGCGAACACUUGUACUGACAGUCAGAUGGCAAAUUGUUUUGCGGUCUGUGCACCCAAUGCAGUCUGGUCUGCUGUGUUGGGAAGGGAUGCAGGGCUCUGAUUUGAUCUCGAAAGUGAUUGAAACGGCUAGAGUGGGACUACGUAAGUAUUUGUCAAGGGGCAAGCAUAACUACGGUGCAAGCACUUCUUCUUUUUCCAGAGGGCGGGCAUUUGGCCUGAGAGCACUUCUUCUUUUUUGCUGUGUAUAUGGGUGCUGUGCGGAAACCACAUGUCAUCCGGAGGGGGAGGAGAAAGGUGGGCUAUAGAAUAGAUGCCGCUGGGAAGGCAGAGAAUGUUUUUUGCGCAGCAGUACUCACAGUUGCAAGUGAUUACAUAGUUGGACGUCUGAUGCAUGAACCGGUGCCGAUAGAGAGAAUGUUAGGAUGAGAGGAGCUCGAGGAGUCUGUUCCAGUCAUAGCCAAACUUUUUCCAGCUGGUACAGGUGGAACGCUGGGCCCUGGACGAAUGGUUCACUGCUCCUACCUUAGGGUCUUGGGACUGGUACUGCAUGGGGCUUUUGUAGCUAUGCCAUCCUCCACAGACAUUGUAGGAAUUGGUUGUUAUUAUGUUUUCAUGUAACUGCUUGAGGGAUUUUUUGUUUUUGCUUUUGUUUUUUUCUCUUUUCAAGCUACAUACCUCUCUCUCUCUCUCGCUCUCUCUCCUGCAGUGUUGUGCCGGAAGACGUGGAGAGUGCCGUUCACCCUCGGGCUAAAAAGGAAAUAGGUCCUUCGUUGGUGAGUUCCCCCCAAGUUCCAUUUAGAAAUCAGCUGCUGUCAAGUUCUGCUGAUCAUCUAGAUUCGCUGAGGGUAGUCCAUUGUGUGAGCUGAAGUACCGUAACAAAGUCACGUGUACCUUAUGAUGCAUUUCAAGUAGGACUAGCUAGCCCCUUGUUUGCAGUGGCUGGACUUGGUUGGUUUGCUUACCCUGUUGGAGGGACUUUGAAAAGUAUUGUCAUGUGGCUUUAUGUCCUUGGCUUUAUGUCCCUAAUGUUCCUCAGACUGCUGCCCGGGCCCUUCGGAGCAGAAGCACACAGUUAUUCAUCUCCUUGCGAUUUUCAUUUGCUUUCGCUGGAUAUUUUGUAUCCUGCAUCGCUGGGCAGGGUAUUUAUGACUGUAUAUAAUGUCUAGACUCUAUAGUAUAUAGUAUACUUAAUAUGUGUCAUCUAUGUUUUCAUAAAAAUGACGUACAUGUCUGGCAGUGGUUUGAGUACUCACUCUUUCCCACAGUUCAUCCUCAUAGUCCUCUGCGUAUUUUCCUAAGUUGUGCGUGCCUCAAGUUUGCCCUCAGUCGUUGUUCGAUGACCUAUACUCUCUACUCUAGGAUGUGUCUGCUGCUGUUUUUUAAUUGUGUGUUAUGGAUGCAUACGCAGCCUUACGUUACGGGAACUCCCGGUCGAACGAGGGUUCCUCUAAUUGCAAACAAACCGUGCAAGCAGUC